UGUUCACCUAACCUGACACAUCAGUGACACGUAAUAGUAACGUGGCUGUCGUCAGCGUAUGUUUAAAAGCGUGUGAUUCGUGGCCCACAAAGAUUCAUAAUAUUUGUUGACAUAACAGACAGUGUGCUCCGUUUUAGUUUUAUUCAAAUAGAACUGACUUUAAUUUGAUCGGAUAACAUGUGGAUUUCAUCGUGCGCAACGUCGUUGAAUCGUUGGCCUUAAAUGUUACUCUAUUUUAAUUGUAACCUCACUUGCCGGUCAGAACAAAUUGAGAAGCAGAAAGUUAUGAUUACAUUGUUGCUUGGAAAAAGUUGAACUUUGCUAUAUUGUAUAAUAAGAAAAAAUGACCACAGGAUGGGUAAUACAUUUGUUGACAAUAUCAAUAUUAUUAUUUGUCCUCUGUGUGCAAAGCUUCCAGAGUUUGGAAGUGAUAUAUGCAAUAAAUUCUGGAGGAGAAGCACACACUGACAGUUAUGGAAUUCGAUAUGCCAAAGAUCCAUUAAUGGGUAAAGUUGGAACGGCAUCUGAUUAUGGCAAGCAGUUAAUUAUUGGACGAAUAAAUGCUAUCGAUCAAAUAUUGUAUCAGACUGAGCGUUACCACCAUAGUACAUUUGGGUAUGAUAUACCAAUUAGUGAAGAUGGAGAGUAUGUUAUAAUAUUAAAGUUCUGCGAAGUUUAUUUUAAUUCUCCCAAUAUGAAGGUCUUUGAUGUGGUUUUAAAUGGAGACCAUACUGUUGUUACUGACUUAGAUAUAUUUGAAAGAGUUGGUCGUGGUAUAGCACACGAUGAAUAUAUUCCUUUUAAAGUUCAAGGAGGAAAAUUAAUAUACAAUGACGAAGAAUCAGAUAUUUUAGCUGGAAAGAUUCGAGUUGAAUUUAUAAAAGGGUAUAGAGAUAACCCAAAGAUAAAUGCAAUUGCUGUUAUAAAAGGAAAUAUAGAAGAUAUACCACAGUUAGGCCCAAUUCCUCAAGAACCAGAGGAAUAUCAGAAUAUACAAGAAGACGAAGAAGAAUCGACAGUGCGUAGCCGACACACAAGCGGCCCUAGAACUCCAGAUCCCUAUUCAAUUGAUGAUUCUUCAGUAAUGCUACCAGUGUUUGCAGCGAUUGGGACAUUUAUUCCUUUACUAUUUUGCCUCUGUAAACUAUAG